AUGUCGGGACCUGUCGCCGCUAUGAAGACGGAUACGGUCAAGGUUGGAGCUCAGGGCUGCGACUUGCACCAACUCGGGCUCUAUCUCCUCGUGCACGGGUUCCUGCGCACGGAACCAGCAACACGUCGAAUUCGUGUCGUACAUCAUGGAAGCACCAUUGCCGACUCGAGGAGAGGGUUGCUCGCGUGGGAACAUGCGGCGUAUCCGCAAUACUACAUCCCUGAAGAUGACUUGAUGAACAUUCAUUCAUCCAACGUCGGUCCCGUCGUCGCCUCGGAUGGAGAUGCCACCAGGCAAGUAUUCAGCUUCAAUGUCAUGGAAGUGCAAGGCGUAGACUUGCUUCGCGAGGAUCAUCCUGCCUUUGGGCUCCCGUUUAGGAGCGUAAUGAGGCUCAGAAUGAGCCACGACCGUGGGCCACUGCAGAAUCUUGUUCGUUUCGAGUUUGGGAGUAUGGAUCAGUGGCUCGAAGAAGACACGCCGAUCUAUGUUCAUCCAAAGAACCCCGACCUGCGCGUUGAGCUCCUCCAUUCCGGGCGCAAGAUCCGUAUCGAGUGUGACGGUCGACUUCUCGCCGAGUCUCCCUACUCGGUCCACUUGCUGGAAAGCCGCCUCCCAACGCGCUACUACAUCCCCUACACAGCCGUGGUCCAAAGGUCUGCGCAGUUGUUGAAGUCAGACACAGUGACCGAGUGUCCCUAUAAAGGCAUCGCAAGCUACUACAAUGUCCGACUCAAUCAUGAAACAACCUUGGAAGACUUGGUCUGGUACUAUCGGCAUCCGACCAUCGAAUGCGCGGCGAUCGCCGGUAUGCUCUGUUUCUAUAAUGAGAAGGUCAAGAUCUAUAUUGAUGGAGAGCUUUCGGGGUGA